UUCCUGUGAAGCAGCCCGCCGCUGUUGUUUUCUGGGAUUAGAAUGCACGGUUCUUGUUUGUAAACCCAAGCGGCCCACGCCCAGGGAGAGGGUCAGUCACACCAGCACGCACGCGCAAAGCUCUCUUUGGUGUCAAACAUGGCUGUGCUUUUGGGAUAAAGAAAAAUGCUGAAUUGUCUUGACGGAGCUACCAAAUUCAUCCAAACAUGGCGAGGCUGGUUGAUUAUUUGAUUGUCGUGGGAUAUGACCAUGAAAAGACUGGGUCAGGGGAGGGUUAUGGAAAAAUAAUCCAGCGUUUCCCACAGAAAGACUGGGAUGAUACCCCCUUUCCUCAGGGAAUAGAGAUGUUUUGCCAGCCGGCGGGAUGGCAGCUGUCACGGGAGAGGAAGCAGCCAACCCUCUUCAUGGUGGUUCUGACUGACAUCGACUCAGACCGGCACUACUGUGCUUGUCUUACUUUCUUUGAGGCAGAGAUCAAUCUCCAGGGUUCAAAACAUGGAGAAGAGGAAGAGGAUGAAGAGAAUGGCUUGAUACAGCCAGCGCAAGUAUUUGCACCAAAAAGUCUUGUACUGGUCUCGAGGCUACACUUCCCCGAUAUAUUCAGGGCUUGCCUUGGCUUGAUCUACACAGUGUACGUUGACAGUCUACACUUCCCUCUGGAGGGGCUCAUUGCAAACCUCUUCACAUGCCUCGUGCCGGUUGCUGGUGGUUCUCAGAAAUUGUUUUCCCUGGGAGCAGGAGACAGGCAGUUGAUACAAACUCCGUUAAACAGCAGCCUUCCAGUGACCCACACAAGUGUUGCUCUCCUGUUUCAACAGCUAGGAAUUCAGAAUGUGCUCAGUCUGUUUUGUGCCGUUCUAACGGAACACAAGGUUCUGUUCCAUUCCACCAGCUACCAGAGGCUUGGAGAUGCAUGCAGGGCACUGGAGGCAUUAAUGUUUCCUCUCAAGUAUAGUUAUCCGUACAUUCCAAUUCUUCCCACACAAUUACUAGAAGUUCUGAGUACCCCAACUCCCUUUAUUAUUGGUGUGCACUCAAUGUUUCAAAGCGAAAUCCAGGAACUGUUAGAUGUGAUCAUCGCUGAUUUGGAUGGAGGAACUAUCAAAAUUCCAGAAUGUAUCCAUCUCUCCCAUAUUCCAGAGCCACUGCUGCAACAAACGCAAGCAGCUCUUUCCAUGGUCUUACACCCAGACCUAGAAGUAGCAGAUCAUGCAUUUCCGCCUUUACGUACUGCUCCCUCUAAUGCAAAAUUGCUGGACAAAGAGGUGCGAGCAGUGUUUCUUCGAUUAUUUGCACAGCUGUUUCAAGGAUACAGGUCCUGCUUACAACUCAUUCGUAUCCAUGCUGAGCCUGUUAUUCACUUUCAUAAGACUGCCUUCCUGGGUCAGCGUGGCUUGAUCGAGAAUGAUUUCCUCACUAAGGUCCUGGAUGGAAUGGCAUUUGCUGGCUUUGUGUCAGACAGGGGCCCCCCAUACAGGGCUUGUGAUCUGUUUGACGAGAUAGUUGCUUUUGAUGUUCAACGAAUUAAAGAAGAGGAAGAGAACUCAACAAAAAUGCUGAAGCACAUUCGGGAACUUUCAGAGCAGCUUUUUAAGAAUGAAAACCCAAAUCCCCACAUGGCUUUCCAGAAAGUGCCUCGGCCUACUGAGGGAUCCCACAUGCGUGUCCACGUACUGCCGUUCCCCAAGAUCAACGAGGAGAAGAUCCAGACCCUCAUCCAGGAUGGCCUGGCCAAGUACCAGAACACCGCCCCUCCUGUGCGAGUCGAGAAGAAGUGCGUGGUGCCUGCAGGGCAGCCAGUGGUCUCAAUAAUGGCCAAAACAGAAUCCGUUUUCAACAGUGCCCGCAGGCUGGAGGUUGUUCGGAGUUGCAUCUCAUUCAUAUUUGAUAAUAAAGUACUCGAGACAGAAAAGACUCUCCCUGCUGCUCUGCGGGCUCUAAAAGGAAAGGCUGCCCGGCAGUGUCUGACACACGAACUCAGUUUACAUGUUCAGCAAAACCGAGCAAUACUGGACCAUCAACAGUUUGACUACAUUGUGCGGAUGAUGAAUUGUGCACUGCAGGACUGUUCCAGCUCUGAAGAAUACAGCGUUGCCACAGCUCUGCUGCCUCUGACAACAGCCCUUUACCGGAAACUGGCCCCAGGAGUAAAUCAGUUUGCAUAUACUUGUAUACAAGACCACCCCAUCUGGACCAACCAACAGUUUUGGGAGGCAACAUUUUACAGUGAUGUUCAGAAUCAGAUCCGAGCCCUCUACCUCAAUGCCACAGAGGACCGACUGGGACUGAGCCUUAAACAAAAGGAGAGAGGACCUGCAGCUCCAGACCAUGAAAAGACAGCAAUGGACUUGGCUGCAGAGCAGCUGCGUGCAUGGCCCUGUCUGAGCAAGGAGAAGCAGCAGGAGCUGGUGAAGAAUGAGGAGAGCACAGUGUUCAGCCAGGCCAUCCACUAUGCCAGCCUCAUGGUCUACCUCCUGGUGCCCCUGGACACCAGCAAGAACAAGCUGCUGAGGGGCUGUGCCGCAGGGGACUGGGAGAGCGGGAGCAACAGCAUCGUCACAAACAGCAUUGCUGGCAGUGUUGCAGAGAGCUUUGAUACCGAAAGUGGAUUUGAAGACUCGGAGAACAGCGACAUUGCCAAUUCGGUGGUGCGGUUCAUCACAAGGUUUAUCGAUAAAGUCUGCACGGAAAGUGGUGUCACUCAGGACCACAUCAAGAAUUUGCACAGCAUGAUACCAGGCAUCGUGGCUAUGCAGAUGGAGUCGUUGGAAGCAGUUCAUCGGGAAAGCAGGCGUCUUCCACCAAUACAGAAGCCCAAGAUCCUGCGGCCACCAUUGCUCCCUGGUGAAGAGUUUGUCUCCGAAGGGCUGCGUGUCGUUUUGGACCCCGAUGGACGGGAGGAAGCUACAGGAGGAAUGCUGGGAGGGCCUCACAUCCUGCCUGCAGAGGGGGCUUUAUUUCUUACCACGUACAGGCUAAUUUUCAAAGGCACACCUCACGAUCCUCUCGUGGGUGAACAGACUGUGAUUCGUAGUUUUCCUGUUGCAACCUUGACCAAGGAAAAGAAGAUUACAAUUCAGAACCAGCUGCAACAGAAUAUGCAGGAGGGACUGCAGCUGAGAUCAGCGACCUUUCAGCUUAUAAAAGUAGCAUUUGAUGAAGAAGUAAGCUCUGAAAUGGUGGAGAUCUUCAAGAAGCACAUGCAGAAAGUCCGCUAUCCCCAGUCUAUCUUCAGCAUGUUCGCUUUCGCAGCAGGACAGGUGGCACCACAGAGCAUUCUCCCCAAGCAAAAAGAAAAGAACACGUCUUUCCGCACUCUUUCAAAGACUAUUGUGAAAGGAGCCAAAAAGGCUGGGAAGAUGACAAUUGGGCGGCAGUAUACAGCCAAGAAAAAGACUGGUACUCUUGUGGAUGAGAAGGGGAACCGCACAACCUGGAAUGAAGAUGAUGAUGUUUCAGUUUCGGACGAUGGGGAACUUCCAACAAGCAGCACACUGAAGGUGUCGGAGAAGUCCACCAUGGAGCAGCUGGUGGAGCGAGCCUGCUUCAGGGACUACCAGCGCCUUGGAAUGGGCACCAUCAUCGGCAGCUCCUCCCGCUCCAAGACAGAGAAGUUCAGAAUCACAGCUGUCAACAGGAUGUAUUCGCUUUGCAGAAGCUAUCCUGGACUUCUGGUUGUACCUCAUUCAGUGCAGGACAGCAGCUUGCAGAAAGUGGCCCGUUCUUAUCGCCACAAUCGACUGCCCGUCGUCUGCUGGAAGCACUCCAAAACCAAAGCCGUGCUGCUGCGCUCGGGCGGGUUUCAUGGCAAAGGAGUCGCGGGGCUCUUCAAAACUCCAAAUCCACAUACUGCAGCUCCUGCUUCAUCCGAAUCCUCCAGCAGUCUUGAACAAGAGAAGUAUCUUCAAGCCCUUUUGAGCGCAAUUCCCAUCUACUUCAGAAUGAACGGCAAUAACACUCUCACACGCCGCCCCACUCUAGCCCUGUCCCCAGGCAGUGAAAGGCGGACUUCGAGAAUGUCCAGUGUGAUGAAACAGGUUGUGCCAGUCCAUUUGGACCUGCCCUUUUCAAACAGCUUUGCGCGAGGAGAAACCACAGCUUGGAAGUAUGAAAGAAUCAUUAGAGAUGGAGUGAUUGGGUACAGGGAUAAACUAUUCACUCAUUCAAACCAAAAGCCUGCACCUAAGGAAAGAGUCCACAGUCAAGGUGUAUGGGCAAGUCUCCGAUCCAGCAGCCGCUUCAGUCAUCAGCUUCCCACUAUUGAUGUUGGUGCGAGGUUAGCAAGCAAAGACACUGCCCAGCCUGUUGGCAGCGAAAUUCUGCAGGCUCAGCUGCUGAAACAGCAAGCUGCACUCUACAUAUUCGGGGAGAAGUCCCACCUAAAGGGAUUCAAAUUUGACCUGACGAUGAACUGCGAACUUGUGCCUGUGGAGUGCGUUGAUAUAAGGCAGGUGAAAGCCAGUUUCAAAAAGCUGAUGCGCUCCUGCGUUCCCAGCUCCAUCCCCUCAGACAAUGAGGUCACUUUCCUAAAGAGUCUGGAGGAGUCUGAAUGGAUGCAGCAGCUUCACAAGAUAAUGCAGCUCGCUCUGAUCCUCGCAGAGUUACUCGAUAGUGGUUCUUCAGUAAUGGUUAGCUUGGAAGAUGGCUGGGACAUUUCCACCCAGGUUGUGUCCCUAGUGCAGCUGCUCAGUGAUCCAUUCUACAGAACACUGGAAGGCUUUCAGAUGCUGAUCGAGAAGGAAUGGCUGUCCUUUGGUCACAAGUUCAGUCAGCGCAGUAACCUGACUCCCAGCAGCCAGGGCAGUGGCCUCACUCCCCUCUUUCUUCAGUUCCUGGACUGCGUGCACCAGAUACACAACCUAUAUCCCAUGGAGUUUGAGUUUAAUCAAUACUACCUGAAGUUCCUGGCCUACCAUUAUGUCUCAAACCGCUUUAAAACGUUUCUGCUGGACUCCGACUAUGAACGACUAGAACAUGGAACAUUGUUUGAGGAUAAAGGGGACAAGCAAGCCAAGAAAGGGAUCUGUAUUUGGGAGUGCAUUAACAGGAUGCAUAAGAGAAGCCCUCUAUUCUUUAACUAUCUCUAUGGACCCACAGAAUCAGAGCAGGUAUUAAAACCCUGUAUAAAUAUCUCAAACCUGAAAAAGUGGGAUUAUUACACAGGGGAGACGCUGUCCACCGGGCCUUCCUAUGACUGGAAAAUGGGUCUGACUCAAGCUGAAUGGACAGAAGAGUCUGACUGCGUUGUCUCCACAAGCAAGAGGACGAUUGUGUGGCCAUGUUACAGCAGUGUUAGCAGGGCACAGCCUGAUGCAAUUACUAAACUGUUAGCAGACAUCGAAAGGUUAGAGAGUGAAUUGAAUCAAAGCCCAGAAGGCUGGCAGGUGACAUUAGAAAAAGUAAAGGUCAGCAUUAAAGAAGAUAUCAAACUGGAAAGCAGUUUGCACAAGCAAACCAGUUCUGCCCCAGGGCUGAUACCCACUAACCUGCAGAACUUUCAGAGAAGAUCAAUGCUGCACCUGCCAGACAGCAGCCUUGGGGAGGAAAACAGCCCCACAGCCUCUGCAUCCAAUGGAGUGAACAGGAGAGCUGCUACACUGUACAAUCAGUUCACAUCAAAGAAUGAGGAAAGCAGGUCAUUUGAAGGCAUACUCUUCAAAAGAGGUGCUUUGUUGAAAGGAUGGAAACCUCGCUGGUUUGUUUUGGACAUCACUAAACAUCAGCUGAGGUACUAUGACACAGGAGAAGACACAAACUGCAGGGGACACAUAGACCUUGCAGAAGUUGAAUCUGUGAUUCCGACAGCACCUACAAUAGGAGCACCCAAGCAUGUGAAUGAGAAGGCCUUUUUUGAUCUGAAAACAACCAAACGUAUGUAUAACUUCUGUGCACAAGACGCGCAAAUGGCUCAGCAGUGGGUGGACAAGAUACAGAGCUGUAUUUCUGAUGCUUAACUCAAGUGGAAACGCCUGCGGUCUACUCCAGAAGAUGAAAUCGAGCGCUGUAGCUGUUUUGGGGGAGGGUGUUCUAAUAAUUUAUUUUUUAAACCAUUUGUUCUGUGCAAAAAAAAAAAAAAAAAAAAAGUCUGGGAUUAAUUUAGAGGAUUGCACUGAUGACACAAGAUCAUCCCCAUUUUAAAAUGUAAAGAGUGAACUGCACUGGCUACAGGAUUCUGGGUGGCAUUUUAGAAAAAGCGAAUGGUUAAUUAGCCUACGUUCGAUGAUAAUUACAUGUUGUAAAUUAAUUUACAUUUUACUGCUUACAAUUUCUAAAAAUGUAAAACCACCUAAAUACACUCAAUUGUGGCAAAAUGCACUAAAUAGCAAGACAAAUGCUUGCACUUAAACCUGUGAUUCACAUUCCAGAGCAGACUUUAGUUUAACAGCUGAAACACAGAGACAAUGGCAUUACUUUAUAAAUAUGUACAUAUUUUACUGCAUUUUUUCAGUAAGUUUCAUAAAAUAAGAUAAAAAAACCUUUUGCACACUAAAAGUUAAUGUUUUCCAGCUUUUUUCUACAUGUAGUAACUGAUUUUGUUAAAGGAAAGAGAAUGUUUAAGCCAUGGUUAACUUUUUUUUUUUUUUUUGUGUCGUAUCUUGUAAUGUAAAUUAAAAAUGGAUAUUAAAUGUGUAGCUUGUUUUGUAUCUGUUUACAUAUGUAAAUAUCUCUUUUGGUAGCAUUUUAUACUUUUAUACAUUUAAGCAAGUCAUUUGUAUCUAACCUUAAACAAACAUAUCAGAUUAACAAUGUUCUUGUGUUUUAAUCAUUUUAAUUAUUCCAUUGCCUUUCUGUUUAGCAUGAAGGGACCAAUUCCCAGUUUCAUUUCUGUGUAUAUCUGUUUGUAAAGUCACCACUAAUCAUAAAUGUAGCAUAAUUCUCUUACCUGUUUUGUGGCCAACGCUAACUUUCUUUAAAUUAAUAAAUAGAUAAAUACUUGAA